AUGGCUGGUGGCAGCACUUUCACCUGGUGCCACGCCCUCCGCCUCGACUCAAACAAGAGUCCCUUCGCUUCACCUCUACCGAAAACUCACACAGCCUUCUCCGACGUCCAGCCCGUCUCCCACACACGCCACAACAUCGCCGGCCUCCUCACAACGGUCUACGGAGUCUCCGAGUUGCCCCAAUUACCCUCCGCCGUCGUCUGUCUCUGGCUCCUCCACGGUCGAGGAGAUACGCAAGAUAGCAUGGCUUACACCGCCGCCGCAAUGCUCAAGGCCUGGAAUACCGACAAGAGACGGAGAAACGAAGGGGGCAAAGGACUGAUAUGCGUCUGUUUCGACCAGAGGAACCAUGGAUCCCGAAUGAUAGAAAACGCAAACAACGUUUCCUGGAAACAGGGAAACCCGACCCAUGGACUGGACAUGUUCAAUACCUACGCCGGCACUGCACACGACCUGUCCCUCCUGAUCGCGCAGAUACAGCAUUACCUGCCCUUCAAAAUCUCGGAGCAUAUCUGCGGAGGCGUCAGUCUGGGCGGACAUGCUACGUGGAACGUUCUCAUGCGCGAACCGCGCGUCACGGCGGGGAUGGUCGUCAUUGGAUGUCCGGAUUACAUUCGUCUGAUGACCGAUCGUGCGAUACGGAGUAAAGUCCCCUCGACCCUCACAUCGGAUCCUCCAGGCAAGGACUUUCUGGGCUCCAAGGAUUUCCCGCAGAGUUUGAUCGCUACAGUGGAAGAACACGAUCCGGCGGGGAUUCUGUUGAGUGAGUUGGAUGUGUACUCACCGCAUGAUGUUAGGCAUGACCCUUCGGAGAGUGAAGUGAAACGCUUAAGACCUAUCAUUGAGAGGACUUUGGCGGGAAAGAAGAUCAUUUGCUUGAGUGGUGGCAAGGAUGGUUUGGUACCAUAUGCUCAGAGCGAACCGUUCCUAUCCUGGCUGAAACGGGCGGUUGACAAGGAGAAUGGCUGGGCAAAGGACCAAGGCAUCGAGCUGGAAGACGUCGUCGACGCGGAAUCCGGACACGCCUUCUCCGCCGUAAUGCGCAAAGAGGCCGAACGCUGGCUCUGCGACCUCCUAUCAGACGAGACCCGCCACUCGAAUCGAGAUUUCAAACUUUGA